AUGAAGAUCUGCUCUGUGGUCUUCGCUCUCCUGACUCGAGCGCUGCUUGGAGAUUUGUGUUUGGCCAUCAAUGUCACCAUCAGCCCAUCCCCGUUCACGGUGGCCCAGGAGGGUCAAAAUGUCACACUCUCCUGUGUUGUGUCCCAGCGGCGCCGCAACGCUGCUUUACCGGUGGUGAAAUGGAUCUUCCUGCCAGAGGGCGCCGACCGCCCGGAGGACGAACUGCUCAUCGCCCGCGUCAACAUGAGGAAGGCCCGUUUCUAUGGUAACUACACAAAGAGUUUCCCUUGGCCCAAACUGAAGCUGACGGUGGUGAAGCAGGGGAAGAUAUUUGACCUGGUCAUCUUGAACGUGUCCGAGGGGGACCGGGGGCUCUACAUGUGCCGGGUGCAGGAGUUUAAAAAGCACCAGGACCGCUGGAAGGCCUCGUCAAACUGCACCGCCGCUACUGAGCUCAGAGUGCAUGUCCUACCAGCCACCAAGGCCAAAGAAAGCCUGUGGAGCUUGUUAGAAGAUGUGUACCUGUGUGCAGUGCUGAUCUGCUCAGUGGGUUUGCUGUGUAUGUGCAUGUUCACGGUGACAGUAACCUGCCAGUACAUACAGAGGAAGCAGAGGUUAAAAGAUAAUUACCUCUUGGUGAAAAGCCUGCAUAACAGCUCAGGAGAGACAGUCACCAGUGUGGUCAAUGUGUCUCCUGCUCUGCCUAAAAAGGAGAGGAGAUACAGGAAGAAAAGGAGCAGAGACUACCAAGAGGAGAUACCACCAGAGAUACCAGCGAAAGCUCCCAUUGGAGACAAAACACGGAAACCCAAACUUUUAAAACCACAACCAAGAAAAGUAGUGUUGCCGAAGAUAGUGGAGGAGAACUUGACCUACGCAGAGCUGGAUCUGGUGAAGCCAAUUCCGGAAACCAAGGCGUCGUGUAGCAGCACUGUGUACGCUCAGAUACUGUUUGGGGAGCAGCAGCUAUGAGAGAAACACGCCAAUAUAGUAAUAGUAACUGUGCCUUAUGUAAAAACUAUUGUCUAUUUAUAAUUUGUAUUAUUUUGUAUUCAUAUGGUUUGUAAAGGGCAAAAUGUGUAAUGUCCCACAAUUAUGACAAUUGUACAUAUGGUUUUAUAUGUUCUUUUAUAUUACUUUCUUUUAGGAGACCAAGAUGCAAAAGAAUGUUUUGCAUACUGGAGUAUUUCAUAUAUUUCAUUUCUUUUGCACCCAUGUUUAAAUCCUGUGUAGCUUAAACUCGGAACACAGACUGGUGAUGAUUUAGACCAGAUUUGUCCAUCGUGACAAACGGAGGGGCGAUUUGAGAUUUGAAUUUGCAGGCUAAUCUGAGCCCUCCCAUUUACAUUAAACAGGUUGCAACCGGAUAUCUGAAGGUUAAAGUCCUGUGGUGUGUGGCUAUCACAGCCAGUAAAGUUUACUGAAGUGAAGUGAGAUAUUGCUUUGCUAUCAAUGUAUAACAAUAAUGCUGCUAUUUCUUGUCUGUGUGCGUUAACUAUAGAGCUAGAACAAGGAGGUGAUUAGCUUAGUUAGCAUAACAAGUGGAAGCAGGGGGAAACGGCUAGCCUGGCUGUAGCUAGCUUGCUAGCGUGACCAGGGGAAAUGACGUGCUGUAACUGUUUCUCGGCUCCUGGUUGUUGUUUGCCAUGACAAAAAGUUUGUACGUCACUUUCUGCAAAACCACAAAUUCUUACAUUUCUGUAUGUGUGUGGAUGAAACAAAUGUGAUACAGUGUGUUAGUUAGUGAGCUUUAGAGGUGUAUUUUAUAACUUUGGCGACAAUUAGGCUAGCUGUCUAGCCCCUGCUUCCACUCUUUGGGACUUUUUCCAAAGCAGAGCUUAUCGCCUAUCGGCUCCAGCUUCAUGCUAACAUACAGACAUCAUGAGACAGAUAUGGACCUUCUCCUCUAAACCAUUUCAAAAUGUCAAACUAUUCUUUUAAAUUCAUAAAUGCACAUUAUUCUGGAUGCUGACAGUUUAAUAAAUUGAAAAACAUGAA